AUGAAAGAAAACAUCAAGAUCCUCAUAGAACAAAGGAAAAGAGCAAAUGUUUUUAAAGAUUUGCUGUUCUCUAAACCUGGGGACACAAAAUUCCCAUACCGAGGAAGUGAUUGUCUCAGAAAAUUUUCCUUGGAAGCUGGUGUUGAAAACCCCCAGGCACUUACAUCCACCAAACUUAGAAAACAACUAGCAACUUUGGCCCAAAUUCUGAACCUCAGUGAAUCAUCACAAGACAUCCUAGCGACAUUUCAAGGACAUGAUAUUCGAGUUCAUAGGCAGUUUUAUAGACUACCUGAUGAUACAAUGCAACUUGCCAAAGUUUCAAAAAUCCUACAUAGCUUGAAUAAUGGUACAAUUGCAAAAUACCAGGGAAAAGACUUCGAUGAAAUCCAGUUGGAAGCCAAAGAAGCUGUAGAGAGUGAAAGUGACAGUGAGGCAGAGCUCAAUGAGAGUGUGUAUGGCAUUGCUGAGGAGGAGAGGGAAGAGGGAAAAGAUAUAAAAAUAGGCUCUUCAAAGAAACAAACAACAGAAGAAUACAUGACAAGGAAACCUGAAAGAGUACCAAAUAUAUGUCCACGCCAUCAGUGGACAAAGGACGAGAAAGCUGCCCUUUUGCGCAAUUUCAAACAGGCUAUUUCCUUACAAAAAACGCCUGGUCAGCUGGAUUGUUUAAACGCCAUAAGAAAAGAACCAUGCUUAGCUACAUUUAAUUGGAAGCAGGUAAAAUUUGCUGUAAAGAAUCUCAUAACAUCGAAAAAAGACAAUUAA